UUCUAGGGCAUAGUUUCCCCCAAAUCUGUGAAAACGAUUCCGAGCGGCGAAAAUGGCGAUCGAAGUAGCAAACGUCAGAUCGAACGGUGUAAUGGUUUCAGAAGAAGAAGAAACAACUAAAGUUGUUGUUCCAACCAAAAUUGAGGAAGCAGGAAGGAAAUAUUGCUGUGCUACUUGCUUUAAUUCAUAUGGACGAGUAACACAUGUUGCUCUUGAAAAGAGAGUCACUUUGAAGCUCAAUUCUAUUCUCUCUGGCCAGAAGGGACCCAAGGGCCAACGUUAUUACUGUAAUCCUUAUGGGAUCAAUUUGAAUCAAGUGGAAGCAGGAUUGUUAGAUCAUCCCGCGCGUAUCAGGAAGUUUGACACUCUAUGCAACUUUUGUGGUGAAACAGUGGGAUGGCACUAUACUGCCCGGAGAGACGAAUUCCGUUCACAAUUAUACUGGAGUGAGACAUACAUGGACAGGGAAAAGGUUGUUCUCUUAGAUGAAGAAGAAGAGAAUGUAAUAGCAAGCGGUUAUAAGGAUGACUCUGAGAUAGCGAGAAUGACCUACUUGAUGGCCGCGAACAAAGUGGAGGCUUAGGGACUAAAACGGGCUUAAUGAAAUGUAUUGGGAUGUUGAUAACUUGUUGAAUUUAAAGCUGUUAUGGUUAGUUUAUAUAUAAACGGAUUAGACUGUCUGAGGAAGAAUAUCUCUUCUUUGUACUUGAUUGUGGUGUAACUCGGGUUAUAAGUUUAGUAUUGAUUGUCGACGCGAGGCGCACUUUUCAAUUUAUCAACAACUUCUUCGGAUUUGGCUUCA